UCACUUGUGGGCCGUCCACACUUUGGCACAACAGGAACACAGAGUCUGCCCUAAUGGCCCAUGCUCAGUAAACACAAGCCCUCUCCCAUGUGGAUUUGAGACAACAAAAGAUUAGCACUAUUUGCAAAUAUACAACUGAGUUCAAAGGCACGGCUCUCCCCUCGCUUCCCUUCUUUUGUUUGAACACACAGCUUUGAAUGUGUAGGCAUCAACUGUAGCAGAUUAAAUAGAUUUUUGGGCAUCAAACUAUAAAUCCCAAAUUCACUCAAACACAACAAAAUCGUUCUUUUAACAUCCAUGAAAGCUGUCAAAAAUGUUGAUUUUUUUUUUUUUUGAGUGGAGUUUGGUGGAUGAAAACAAUUUUCAAUUCAAAAUGGUAAAAUUUGAUAAACUUUAGAAACCUGUUACUAUAUGGCAAAGAGAGGUCCAGCCUGGUGUGGGGGCGGCCUUUGGAGAACCCGGUCAGAGAGGCGAGAUGUGUGCGCACAAACCACGCCCCACAUCACCAUGAGGUCCCUGGGGGCCCUUAAAUGAUGAGGCCUCAGGGUUUAGAAACCAGUAUCACUCGGGCCUGCUCUCUCUCUGUCAGCGGUUAUAUCAGAGUCAGCGAGCCCCCCUACACAAAACGUCUUGGAUUUAGGUCUACCUACACUGCUUGGAAAUAUGACUUCUUCCAACCCCGACCAGCGCCUGGAGCAUCUCCUCAGCGCCGUGGAGAACGAGUUCCAGAAGGGCAGCGAGAAGGGAGACGCGUCCGAGAGGGAUAUUAAACUGACGCUGGAUGAUGCAGACUUAUGGACCAAGUUCAAAGAGUUAACCAACGAGAUGAUUGUCACCAAAACUGGAAGGAGGAUGUUUCCGGUGCUCAGGGCCAGUGUCAGCGGCCUGGACCCCAACGCCAUGUACUCGGUGCUGCUGGAUUUCGUGGCCGCGGACAACAACCGGUGGAAAUACGUGAACGGGGAGUGGGUCCCCGGUGGCAAACCGGAGCCCCAGAGCCCCAGCUGCGUGUACAUCCACCCGGACUCCCCCAACUUCGGAGCGCACUGGAUGAAAGCGCCCGUCUCCUUCAGCAAAGUCAAACUCUCCAAUAAACUGAACGGCGGCGGACAGAUCAUGCUGAAUUCUCUGCACAAGUACGAGCCGAGGAUACACAUAGUGAAGGUUGGAGGCAUCCAGAAGAUGAUCAGCAGCCAGUCUUUCCCCGAGACACAGUUCAUCGCUGUCACUGCGUACCAGAAUGAAGAGAUUACUGCUCUGAAGAUAAAGCACAAUCCCUUUGCUAAAGCCUUCCUGGAUGCCAAAGAAAGGAGUGACCAUAAAGAAGUCCCCGAUCACAGUGCAGACAGCCAACAGUCUGGCUACUCUCAGCUUGGAGGUUGGUUCCUCCCAGGCCAGAAUCCUAUCUGCCCCAGCAGCAGCCCUCCUCAGUUCAGCAGCACAGCGGGCCACUCCUCCGGCUCCUACUGCGAGCGCUACUCCAGCCUGAGGAGCCACAGAGCGGCCCCGUACCCCAGCCACUACCCCCACCGCACCUCCAGCACAAACAACUACAUGGACAACACUUCAGGGACUCUGCCCACUCAUGACAGCUGGUCUGCUCUUCAGAUCCCCAACUCCACAGGGAUGGGCACUCUGUCCCACACCACAAACUCCACAUCUAACUCCAGUCAGUACCCCAGCCUAUGGUCAGUGGCCGGCACCACCCUCACCCCUUCUGGCUCAGCCUCGGGCUCCAUACCUGGAGGCCUGACCUCCCAGUUCCUGAGGGGCUCCUCCUACACGGGCCUGACCUCCUCGCUGCCCGUCUCCUCGCCAUCCUCCAUGUACGACCCGAGCCUGAGCGAGGUCGGGGUCGGGGAAGCCCAGUUCGAGAGCUCCAUUGCCAGGCUGACCGCGUCCUGGGCGCCUGUGGCUCAGAGCUACUGAGCAGCAGCAGAAACUCUCUGAAGGCUGGAAGCUUUAGGAGCUGGACCAAAGACAUGAAUGAAAGGUCCUGGGGAUCAUGUCGCAAGACCCGCACGGAUCCCUUUUUGGCUCCUGAUUGUGGAAAAGCAUAGAUUAUUCAUUCCAGAGCCUCUAAUUUAAAAAAGGUGUAAAGUUAGGCCGGAGUCAGACUGAACAAUGUUGCAAAGACAGAACUUGAAAGACAAUCAUCUCCCUCCAUGUUGGACAAUAUCACAUAGAAUAUGAAAUAGUGGCAGAACCUUCCUUUGCUCUUAGUAAUUCCCUACCUGCUUAUUACGCAUUCAUAACAUGUUUAUUACACCCUUUGAAACACUCCUUUAGCUCCAAACAGCCAACUGAACAAUCCUUGAUAUUUUUGUUUUUAUUCUUAAAUAUAUAUAAGAUGAAAGAAAAAUGUUUCUGCUAACAUAAAUGUGUAUAUGUGUGUAAAUAGAGUAAAUUAACGUCCAGUGUUUUCCAUAUAAAUGUGCCUUUUCUGAUUGCAAUAAAAAGAUCGAACACAAGUGCCUUCUGCAUCCUGGCAGGGGUUUGUUGGGCAAGAGAGCCCCUCCCCCUGCACAAAACAUGUGUACAUAACUAUCUAUUUGUAUUUGAACUCACUGUGAGUUUUAUUUAUGUCAUUUAAUAAUAAAUUAAAAAUUUUGGUUUUCUCAAA